AAGGGUCACUGUGUGCUGAUUGCAAACCAACGGCCGCAAUGAUCUACUACAGGAAAGGCUACGGCGGCAUCUUCAUCCUUUUCCGUUUGGUGGGAACCUCCUGGCCCUUUGGAGUGAUUCCGGGGCUGAUCGCACUAUCCAUUAGCCUGGCGCUGAGCAGUAUCAGCUUCUUGGACGAGCUCAUCCGCAACAGCCGCCAUGAGUUCAUUAGCCACCCCUACGCCUUUCAGCUCUUUGCGUAUCUCCUAGGUUUCCUGAUGGUCUUCAGGACAAACUUUGCGUACCAGCGCUACUGGGAAGCCAUAGGAGCAAUGCAGAACAUGGCUGCAAAGUGGCUGGACGGAGCACUCAUGGGCAUUUGCUUCGAUGCUGGUGGCAGCAACGCAAGGCCACUUCUGCAUGGAGCGCAGGACGAUGAGAGCCGCCUCACAGAUCCAAAAGCAGGUGCAAAGGGGGGGCCAACCCACUGCGCCUACUACGGGGAGUUGGUGCAUUUGUGCAGCUUGCUGCAUGCGGUGGCAUUGCAACACCUUCGCUCCGACUCCAAUCUGGAUAAUUUGGAGUUUGCCUACCCGGAGGAUCCUUCACGGUCAGUGGCAAACAAGAUGGACAAGUACGGCAUGCCGUCCUUCUCGCCCGCAAAGAUCGGGGACACAUUGGCACGUCAGAAGCUGCCAGUGCUGGGCGGCUUGAGGCCCGAGGAGCGUGCGGUGCUGGAGGCAGACUCCCAAGGAAACCUGCUGUCCACCGAUGCGCGAGUGGCCAUGGUGGAAGGCUGGUUCAUGCGACGGCUUCUUGGCCGACAGAAGUUCGAACAAGGCGACUCCUCCUCAACAUCACCGCCAAUUCUCAGUAGGUUGUACCAGGUCAUCUCAGAUGGAACUCUUUGGUUCGGGGCAGCUUCGAAGGUUGCAAUCACUCCGUUUCCCUUCCCGUACCACAACAUCAUCUCUGUUUUCCUGUGGAUGUAUACCAUCCUUGCGCCUGUGCUGAUCAAUGGGAUCAUCAUGGACGUCGUCCUGAGGGCGAUCUUUGUUUUCACCUCGGUGUUUUGCUACCACGCCCUCCAUCAUAUUGGGGACAACCUUGAGGAUCCCUACCUGCCGUAUGACCCCAACGAGCUGCCACUGCCUGACCUGCAGCACAGUGUCAACAUGCGGUUAUGGGCGUUUGGCGUGGUCCCUUUGCCGGCAACGCCAGACAACUUGGCUCCGAAGGAGCCCUGCCUUGAGAAUGAGAAGCUGAAGUGAGAGCUGGAGGCUUCUGAGGCUCGGUGGAGCACACGGGCUGGGCCUGGGAUCCCCAGGCACAGCCAGGCACAGCCAGCAUCUAGCAUUUUCCGGCAACUAUUUGCAGAGCGUAGGGUUGCCACGCUUGCAAGGAUCUUGUGC